CCCCCCCCCCGCCGCCUAUCAACCAACCUGUACCCCCGUACCAGUAACUACUCGUAAUACCGGUAUCACGGCCAUUCACAUCCACGCCUGCACAAACAUCCACUCCUCCCGACUCCUCUCCUCACCUCACCCCAUUCACCAAAGUGGCGCAACAUGUUGAUACUGCCCCUAUAACCAAGAAUUUGUCCUGGUAUGGCCCGAGGUGCUGAGGUGAGCACAUUGCCGUCGCUCUGUACCCGAUAACAAGCUCCCAAAAAGCGAGAGUCCCAUUCCAGUCUGCCAACACUACACCAACCUGCAAUAUGGAAAGCGUUCACGGCGUCGAUAUCUCCUGGAUGACCAGCAAGAGUUCAACGAGAGGUACGUAUGUCAUUGCGACGAUCCAUCCGAGUCCUCACUCAUGUCUGAGAUGGCCCUGGAAAGACGGUCCCAAUGCGGUGGAACCCGAGGUUUUAAUACUUCUUACGAGAAUCAUACGCUGACAGACUAUCUCUCUCCAGUAGAUCACAAUCCAAAACCACAGCCUUUACCAGAUUCGAUUCCACCGGCUACGAAAGCUUCACAGAAUAGCAAUGGCCACGAAACCGAGAAAGUGACAUCUCCGAAAACCAUACCACACAGACCCGGCUUCUCAAGAACCGUUUCAACAGACAGAACAGCGACGCAAAAUGGCAAUGGAAGUGUGCCAAAGAACGGAUCAAUCUCACCGGGACGACGAGCUUCGUGGUUAUCUUCGAUAUCUUCCAAGUUUUCAACCUCGCCCGCUGCAGUACACAAUGGACAAGGACCGGUAUCACCAAACUCCCAAUGUGCCACCAAUUCUUCGACCCAGGACCCUCCGGUUCCUGCUGGACCUCAUUCUCCCAAGAAUGCGAUACUACCACAUGCGGUGAAAGCUGCUGGCGACCAACCUUAUACCCCUGCUCCACCGAAAUCCACACAACCAAGUUUCUUGCAGAGCGCAUUACGAAGACUAUCAUCGUCCGGCGGGCAACUGUCGCAUAGUCCAAGAGGUGUACAGCAUGGUUUAUGCGAAAGGAAGGUCUUGAAUGUGGACCCCAAUCGGGAACGGUGCCCUGUACAAGAAUUGGAUCAGUCAAAGUUGAAAAGGGUAGCCUUUUGCGUGGACGUGGAGAUCGCCAGUAGUCCACGGUAUAAUGAUGAAGUUUCAGAAGAGAAGCAGAAGGAAAAGGAGAAGGAGAAGAAGAAAUCCGUAGUGGAGCUGACAGAGGAACCGAAAUCUACAUUAACCCUCGAGGUGGAGAAGGGAUUAGUAGAUGUUGUCGAAUCCCAAAAAUCGGCCUCGGAGAAAACGAGUGACUCGAAAGGCGAACCAAUCUCAGCUGACAAGGAGACCAAGAAGAAAGAGAAGAAAAAGAGGAGUGAGGAGGAGAGGAAAGCAAGGAAAGAAAAGAAACGGAAAUUAGCAGAGGCAAAUGGUACCCUUCCUGUUGAGCUUAUUAGAAAUACAAGCGAGAGUUCUCUGGGGAGUUUUCUGACUGGAACUGGUACACCAAGAACUCAAAUCUCACCAACUACAGAUCCUGCACGGAUAUACCGACGUUGUUGUCAAUUGCGAGAGACACCGAUAUUGAAAAAGAUUACCGAGCAACUGACGGCCUCUAUGUCGAGUAUGGAAACUCCUGGGGUAGUCAAGUCUUUGGACCUUACCAAUUAUUGGCUUCAAUUACCCGAUCUUGUCACCCUCGGAGAUUAUCUAGCUGUCGUUCCGGUAAAAGAAAUCAUUCUGGAUAACAGUGGCUUGACAGAUGAAGGAGUUCGCGUCGUAUUAGCCGGCUUAUUAGCAGCGAAAGGUCCAGAUUACCAAAGAAGGAAGCUUAAACCAGGCAAAGACGGAGAGACGAUGCAUGGAGGUGGUAUUGUAGAGCGUGUAGUCUUCAAGAAUAAUGCCAAGAUUGGUAAGGAUGGAUGGCGAUAUAUCUGCAUAUUUAUCAAUAUGUGUCGGUCAUUGAAGUCCAUGGAUCUUUCUAAGGUUCCUUUUCCACAACCUCUGACCGUUACUUCCCCACAACCGCAUCACCAGCAUCAUCACCAGCUACAUCUUCACCGAACUAUCAGUUCGACACCCCCGGUCCCGGAUGUCUCUUGCCUUCUUUCUAAAGCCCUCGGUGAACGCUUGGCAGGAAAGGAAUUUGAAUUGUUGAAUGUUGCCGAAUGUGGUUUGAAUACUGAACAGCUGGGAAAUUUGAUUGACGGUGCCAUAAAAUCUGGACUACGCCGACUCGGCAUUGCCGGUAACGAUAUCACCCCCGAGGGUAUGCAACACGUUGCUCGCUAUAUUCGAGAAGGCAGAUGUGAGGGUCUGGAUUUGGGUGGGAAUGAUUUGAAGGAUCAACUCGGUGUAAUCGCUGGCGCUCUAAGUGCCGACACUGAGAUUUACGCUUUGAGUGUAGCCGAGUGCAAUCUUACGCCAGACUCGUUAUGGACGUUGUUUCCAGAGUUGGUGAAGCUGAAGAAUUUUCGUUUUAUCGAUUUGUCACAAAAUCACGCCCUGUUCGAGGCCCAGCCCAGUGCUAUUGGGUUGCUUAGAAGGUACGUUGUUUUCCCAUGUUAUCCGGUCAUACCAUCUGCAAGUGAGUUGGUGCCCAAUGUGGGUUGCCUUUUUAAAGUUGAUGAGUCUUGCGGCUGAAUUGAGGCUCCCUACCGUCUUAUUAUGUCAGACUGGCACACUUUAUUGCCCCCCCUUUUCCUCAGCCUUACAUGUGCUUUUUUGUUUGAUACAUUGUCAGGUUGCCGAUUGGACGACACCAAUUUACUAACUUGGUAAUAGAUACAUUCCCAAGAUGCCUAUUUUAAAGAGGAUACACCUCUCCAACGUUUCAAUGACACCUGAUCAGGCUAUUGCAUUGGCUGAAAUUCUCCCAGAAAGCUCUAGUCUUGCCCACUUGUCCAUAAUGGAAAAUCCACAGCUUGCUGCCCUGGCCAAUGCAAAGGACGAAGCCAGCCAAGAGGAAGCAUGUGCGUUAUAUGCAUCACUAAUGGCAGCAGUCCGGGUAUCCAACACGAUUAUGUGCAUAGAUAUCGAGGUGCCAUCCCAGGAUUCGAGUGAGGUCGUGAAAGCUCUGGCUAAACAAGUGGUUGCCUAUUGCUUAAGAAACAUGGAACGAGGUCCAGUAGCUGAGAUUAGUAAAGCCGUAAGUGCAGCAAUGGAACCUCAUGGUGGCGAAAAGGAGGUUGUGGUACCAGACGUGUUGUUGCAUCUCGUUGGCCAUGAUGAGAGUAGUAAUGAUGGACAUACCGACGAUGAUCCAGCCCCAGAUGAAGAUUAUGUUAUUGGUGGUAGUGGAGUGGUGAAGGCUUUAGGCAUCUGUUUAAAGAACCGAGGCAACGACUUGAGGAAUGAUUCAACCGGUGAUCACUCGGGUGAAAAUGGAAAUGACCCUGAGAGACCGAUGUCCCCCGCCAGUGGUGGUAAGGCUAAGGACAUGUCCAAAAAUCUUCUUGGGAGUGCUCGUAAGAUCCGCGCUCGAUUGCAACCUGCUUUGCUCAAGGAAUCCAAGGGCAAGGAUAUGGUUACUUAUCGUAUGUACCCCUACUUCUUUUGAUUCUUCCAUGCUCAUUGAAUAUUUCAGAACGCCUUAUAUUCCUGGACCAAACGCUCGAGGGUAUGAUCAAUCGAUUUGAAGACGAAUAUCCCGAGACUCGUAUAUCCGAACCCCCAUCCACACCACCUGUUACAGAAGUUGCCAACCUUAGGCACGAAAGUCCUUCCGAAAGUAUCGAAAUUUCCGGACAUGAUGGAUACACGUCAGAUAACGAACACGCUCUCGUGGAAGUACCCAAUUCGGAUGACGAAGAAGGACAUGGUAUCCGUCCCGUCCUAUCUCGACACAAUUCCGAUGUCUCGCUCGCUUCCAGGGCGCUAAGCGAGGAAGAAGGCCGUAUGCAUCGCUUCGGACAGAAGUUCCGGAGGGAUAUUUUGAAGCCGGAUUCCGAAGAUCCGGAAACGAAGCAGCAUGAACAACCUAAGCAUCUCCAAAUGUUGAGAGCUAUGGUCGAUGGACUUGGAGGUCAGGAGAUUAUAGAGCGGUUAAAUCUUAUUGGGGAUGAGAGGUUAUUGGAUGAUAUGAGUAAUGAGGCGAGAAUGUUGAAGAAGGAAUUGAAGGAACAGGACCCCGAGGGUUGGGAAGUCUUUGUGCAGAGUCAGAGGGCGGCCAUGAGGAAUGUUCGGGUUGAUGUGGGAUCGCAUGAUGGGGAUAGCAGGACGGGUGAGGUCGGAGGGGAAAGUGCUAUUGUUGAUUAGAUGCGUGAGCGAGGGAACCUUUAGCCGGUGAUUAAGCUGCAAGAGCGAAUGGUUUGGCGAUGGGGCAGUUGUAACUUUAUCUCUCUUACUCUUUCGUUGAUUCAGGGGGUUUUUUUUAAUCUUACCCAUUCUGGGAAUUGGGCAAUUGGAAUCGGUAUGGAAGGGAUUUGGAACUUUUAGCGAAUGGCGGGGGGGUUCUUUUUUGUUUUUUCGCGGUGAGGCGGUUCUUGCUUCCCUUUCUCUGUCUCUUGAGUGAGAUAUAAAACGGAUCGGUUUCCUCUUUCUUCCCUUGCUGGCUUCUUUCUUGUCCUGUCUCCUUUGGUUUGGAGGUGGAGGUGAUUUAAUUUUGCAAUGAUAUAUCGUUUUUUGG